UCAUACUUGUUACCGGUAGACUCGCUGUGGUAGACACGAUUAGGCUAUAUUUGUUAUUCGGAAUGACAUUUGUCGGCCAGUAUUAUCUUGAGUGAAUUUUUGUAUCUGGGGAUACGUCUUCUUUAUUUUUUCCAUAUACAUAUAUUCGUUGUUAGUCCAAGCUCAGGCGGAAUUGUACACGAAAGCUUAGUGUCCUUCAAAAUUUUUUUACAAAAUGCAUCUUACACUUCGAGUCCUGAUAUCUCAUGGGCGCGUGGCACGGCGAUUGGGACUUGGUCCUGAAUCCCGAAUUAAUAUGCUUCGAAACAUUCUUACGGGUUUGGUUCGACACGAGAGGAUAGAGACCACGCGAGCCCGAGCCGAUGAGGUUCAGUUUUACGCUGAAAAGUUGAUCGAUUAUGCCAAGCAAGGAGAUACUAAUGAAAAGUCUAUGAAAAUGGCUGAUUUUUGGCUUACAGAAAAAGAUUUAAUCAGGAAGCUUUUUGUAGUGCUUGCUCCACGGUUCGAAAACCAAUCAAGUGGAUAUACAAGGGUGGCUCGAAUUCCAAACAGGGAAAACCUGGACUGUGCUGCUAUGGCUGUUAUUGAAUACAAAGGCAACCCUUUCCCACCUUUGUUUCCUGUUAGACGUAGGGAUGAACUAAACCUGAUUAACCAACUUCUAAAGGGCUACAGGGAAGAAAAAGUGCAUCUGAGAACUGGAAAUAAACUCUCAUAAAAGUUA